AUGAGUGCGAGUGAGAUCUAUCCUGCGAAAGAGCCAGAGGACUCUUUGCAACCGCCGCUCGAGGAACCGAACAAGGUGUUCGCUGGAGAGCGCAUCGUUCAAGAUGAGGAAGCGCAGAAUCUCAGUCGGGGGCUGGAACAGCGGCAUACACAGAUGAUUGCCAUUGCUGGUGCGAUUGGAACCGGACUCUUCCUUGGACUGGGCAGCUCAAUCGCAUCUGGGGGCCCAUUGGGCGCCUUACUUGGCUACAUGCUAGUUGGGGUGAUUGUAUGUGCAAUCCAGAUCGCGCUUGGGGAGGUGUCUGCGUUGAUGCCGGUGACGGGUUCGUUCGUGCGACACGUCGAACUGCUGGUCGACCCCGGUCUGGGCUUUGCGAUCGGCUGGAAUGUGGUGUACGGCUGCUUCAUGUCGGUGCCCAGCGAGAUAUCGGCUGCUGUCGUGCUCAUCCAGUACUGGACAGACCUGAACACCGCCAUCUGGGUGACCAUCCUGAUCAUUCUCUCGGCCGUCGUGGCCCUGCUCUUCAUUCGCGUAUACGGCGAGCUCGAGUUCUGCCUCGCUAUCCUCAAGAUCCUCCUCAUCGUCGGCAUUGUCAUCAUGGGACUGGUGAUCGACCUCGGCGGCGUGGCUGGCACCCCUCGUCUGGGCUUUCAGUACUGGAAAGACCCCGGUCCGUUCGCCGAGUACAUUGCCUCGGGCUCGUGGGGCCGCUUACUGGGCUUCUGGGCGGUCCUCACCACCGCCGUGUACAGUUUUUCCGGCGUCGAGAGCCUGACCAUGGCCGCCGCCGAGAUGCAGAACCCGCGUCACAACAUCCCUCGCGCCUGCAAGCGGGUCUUUGCCCGCGUCACUAUCUUCUACGUCAUCGCCGUGCUCAUCGUGGGCAUGCUGGUCCCCAGCACGGAUCCGCGCUUGAACGAUUACUCCGGUACCGCGGCGACGAGCCCCUUCGUCAUCGCUGCCGCCGACGCAGGCAUCAAGGUCGUGCCAUCAAUCAUCAAUGCGGUGGUCCUCACGUCUGCCUGGUCCUCCUCGAACCAAGGCAUCCUGGCCGGUACGCGGACGCUGUAUGGCCUUGCACUGAAGGGCCACGCCCCGAAGGUCUUCCUCCGUACCACGCGACAGGGCGUGCCGUACAUGUGCGCGGCGCUGCAGAUCGCCGUCUCGUGUCUCGCGUACCUGAGCUGCUCGAACGGCGCGUACACGGUGUUCAACUGGUUGCUGGAUCUCACGGCGGCCGGGGUGUUAAUUUCCUGGAGUACGAUUGCGCUGAAUCAUAUCCGCUUAAUUCAGGGGUGCAGGGCGCAGGGAAUUUCGCCCACGGCGUUGCCGUGGCAUAACUGGUGGUCGUACUAUAGUUCAUGGUUCGCACUGGUGUCGUGCAUUGUCACUCUUCUCACCGGUGGAUUUACAGUGUUUACGAAGGGAAACUGGGAUCCUGCUUCUUUCGUGUUUUCAUACUUGGACAUCCCCCUCGUCUUGGUGUUCUACCUUGGAUACAAGUUCUGGAAGAAGACCAGAAUAGCCUCUGUACAUGAGAUGCCUCUGCAACAAGCCCUGCAGGAAGUGCGCGACGACCCAGAGAAUGUGCCCGUCAGGACGGGCAAGUGGGCGCGGUUUAACAUCCUUUGGGGAUAAAGUCUGUUGAACAUGUGUUUUGAAGUUUCAAAAUGAAUGCUCAAGCUUAGCUCAGGAUUUCAGAAUCACGGUCUUGUCCAUGUAUGGUUCGAGUAUAUUGUGGGCGUAGAAUGAACUCUUCACCUUCACUUAGAUUUUGAAGCGCGGGACAAUAAAGCCCUAGUACUUUCAUUCCUUGUUUGUCUUUGUCUUCAUAAAAUGCCAUGGAGGUGGCGUCGAGUGUUAUC